UCCCUCAUGGCGGAGUCCGGUGGCGGUGGUGGCUCUGGUGGCGGCGGCUUCGGAGCGGGCCCGGGCCCCGAGCGCCCGAGCAGGUGGCAAAUGGAGCCUGGAGAAGCAGUGUCCUUUGCCAAGGCCAGUUGGUGGCCAGGUGACAGAUGCAAUUGGGACCCAGGUUUUGUUCCUGCUUCUCCGGAGCUGCUUCUGGCAACAUGGCCGACAAGAAUGGAGCUCUCAAGUGCACCUUCUCGGCGCCCGGCCAUAGCACCAGCCUCCUGCAGGGCCUCGCUGCCCUCCGUGCCCAGGGCCAGCUCCUGGACGUUGUGCUCACCAUCAACAGAGAGACCUUCCACGCGCAUAAGGUGGUCCUGGCCGCCUGCAGCGACUACUUCAGGGCUGGGUGCCAAGGUGGGGUUGCUCCUGUCUCCAGAGUCAAAACCAAGGUUCGGCCUUCUCUUGCCCACCUGUACCUGCCGUGAGCGGGCUCCAGCACUCCACACCCCUGGGGCCAUGUUCACGGGCGGCAUGAGGGAGGCGAGCCAGGACGUCAUCGAGCUGAAAGGCGUGUCGGCCCGCGGCCUGCGGCACAUCAUCGACUUUGCCUAUAGCGCCGAGGUGACGCUAGACCUGGACUGCGUGCAGGACGUGCUGGGGGCCGCCGUGUUCCUGCAGAUGCUUCCUGUGGUGGAGCUGUGCGAGGAGUUCCUCAAGGCCGCCAUGAGCGUAGAGACCUGCCUGAACAUCGGCCACAUGGCCACCACCUUCAGCCUGGCCUCGCUCAAGGAGUCGGUGGAUGCCUUUACCUUCCAGCACUUCCUGCAGAUCGCGGAGGAGGAGGACUUCCUGCACCUGCCGCUGGAGCGCCUCGUCUUCUUCCUACAGAGCAAUCGGCUGCAGAGCUGUGCCGAGAUCGAUCUGUUCCGCGCGGCCGUUCGCUGGCUGCAGUACGACCCUGCCCGGCGGCCGUGCGCCAGCCACGUGCUCUGCCACAUCCGUUUCCCACUCAUGCGGUCGUCAGACCUGGUGGACAGCGUGCAGACGCUGGACAUCAUGGUGGAGGACGUGCUGUGCCGGCAGUACCUGCUGGAGGCCUUCAACUACCAGGUGCUCCCCUUCCGGCAGCACGAGAUGCAGUCACCGCGCACGGCCGUGCGCUCAGACGUGCCCUCCCUGGUCGCCUUCGGUGGCACGCCCUAUACCGAUAGCGACCGCUCUGUCAGCAGCAAGGUGUACCAGCUGCCCGAGCCGGGCGCCCGCCACUUCCGGGAGCUCACGGAAAUGGAGGUGGGCUGCAGCCACACGUGCGUGGCCGUGCUGGACAACUUUGUGUAUGUGGCGGGGGGCCAGCACCUGCAGUACCGCAGCGGCGAGGGCGCGGUGGACGCCUGCUACCGCUACGACCCGCACCUGAACCGCUGGCUGCGCCUGCAGGCCAUGCAGGAAAGCCGCAUCCAGUUCCAGCUGAACGUGCUGUGUGGCAUGGUGUACGCCACGGGGGGCCGCAACCGCGCCGGCAGCCUGGCCUCCGUCGAGAGGUACUGCCCGCGGCGCAACGAGUGGGGCUACGCCUGCUCUCUGAAGCGCCGCACCUGGGGCCACGCGGGCGCCUCAGCGGGGGGCCGCCUCUACAUUUCGGGGGGCUACGGCAUCUCUGUAGAGGACAAGAAGGCACUGCACUGCUACGACCCUGCUGCCGACCAGUGGGAGUUCAAGGCACCCAUGAGCGAGCCCCGCGUGCUUCACGCCAUGGUGGGUGCCGGUGGCCGCAUCUAUGCCCUCGGGGGCCGCAUGGACCACGUGGACCGCUGCUUUGACGUGCUAGCUGUGGAGUACUACGUGCCGGAGACAGACCAGUGGACCAGUGUGAGCCCCAUGCGGGCUGGCCAGUCGGAGGCCGGCUGCUGCCUGCUGGAUAGGAAGAUCUACAUUGUGGGGGGCUAUAACUGGCGCCUUAACAAUGUGACCGGCAUCGUGCAGGUGUACAACACAGAGACGGAUGAGUGGGAGCGCGACCUGCACUUCCCAGAGUCCUUUGCGGGCAUCGCCUGUGCCCCUGUCCUGCUGCCCCGGUCAGGGACCAGGAGGUAGCUCCUGGGACCCCUGGGACCCGGCCCGGCCUCAUGCCGUCUCCGUCUCUGCGAGGGGUUUGGUGAGCGUACACUGGGGCCGAGAGCCACGGAGUCACCCCUGGGCUGUGGCCUGACGUCUUGGGGCCUGCUGGAUCGAUAAGUUCCUUCCCUGGAGUCCCUCCUUCCUUCCUGCAGCAGAUCCUGGCUUCGUGCCCGCUGAGGGAGCCUGCCGGCCCUGAGGCUGACGUGUCAUGGCGGCAGGGCUUUCCUCACCUGCCUCGCAUCCUCGCUCAUGGAGGGAAUCGGGGUCUCCUUUGGGGUGUUGUGUGGCUUAUGUCCCACUUCUCUCUCCUUCCCUGGCCUGGUGGUCUCAGACAUUUGGAUGCAAGCUCAUUAGCAUUGAUCCCCAAAUCUGUGGUUUGCACCCCACCCCCUUCCCAAAGUUCUUACACUGUGUGUUUUUUAAAAUAAAUGUACCCCCAAAACUCUGUAGCACACAGACCCCCCAGGAGCUGGUGAGCUGGCAUGGGUGCACCCAGCUCAGGCUUAACCUCAAGGGCGGGCAUGUUUCUGCCUACAAUAAGCCUGAGCUGCUGGGGUGGAAGGGCGAUCUUGGAAGAGGGUCCUGCACCAUCUUCAUUCCUGUCCCAACACCUUUGGUGUGUUCUGUCGUCCGCUUCCAAAAGGAGAGAAUACGGUCGGCUCUCAGAGACGUCCUUAUGGUCGCCAGCCUCCUAUGGCGCCGGGCGUGUCAUGGGUCCUCAGUGAGGAGUGGGCCGACACGCUCGGGGGACACCUGCUCUAGAAUCUCUCCGUGCGUCUGCAUUCCACAAAUCUGAUGAUCUUUUUUUCUCUCCCUUUUCCCAGCCCUGCACCCCCCCCCCACUCAUCCAUGUUCGGGGCCUGCGCCCUCAGCAAGGGAGACCAGGCGGGUGCUGAGGCCUCUUCCCUGCAGGGGCUUUGCAGCAUCUCUGGCCGCAUUUGAUUUGGUGUCAAACCUCCGAAGCUGUUUUUUUGUUGUUGUUUUGAUUUGAUUUGAUUUGCUGUUUUAGUUGUUUUUGUUGUUGUUGUUUGGUUUGGUUUGGUUCUGUUUUGCUUUUUUAUGAGACCGACACUGCUGUCUUAUAAAUGGGAUUUGUACCCUUGGGGCAACUUAAAGUGUCUCUUCUGCUGCUAACGGACGAUUGAUGUUGUGUCUCUGUGACCCACUCACCGUGUAAAGAAUUAACCUCAUAUCUUAGCAGAUGUCGUCUCCUAAUAUUUUCCUUCAUUUAAUAAAAAUGUUAUGGUGAAGAGA